CUUCACAAAGAUGGCGGCCGCUACAGGAGACUAAGACGUUGAUUGGAUGCGCGGCGUGGACUUUUUACGUAUCUGACCAGUGUGGUGGGAGCAGAAUCUGUGUGAGGGGCAAGAUGACGGACCCAGAUGUGGCUACAGAAGUCCCCGCCGUGCUGAAACGCCUGGCCAAGUACGUGGUACGUGGGUUCUACGGGCUGGAGCACGCUCUGGCGCUGGAUAUUCUCAUCCGGAACCCCUGUGUGAAGGAAGACGACAUGAUGGAGCUGCUGAAGUUCGACCGGAAGCAACUGAGAGCCGUUCUCAACACUCUCAAGGGCGACAAAUUCAUCAAGUGCCGAAUGCGCGUGGAGACCGCCACCGACGGGAAGACCACCAGGCACAACUACUACUUUAUUAACUACAGGCUGCUGGUCAACGUGGUGAAGUACAAGCUGGACCACAUGAGGCGCCGGAUCGAGACCGACGAGAGAGAUUCAACCAACAGAGCGUCUUUCAAGUGCCCAAACUGCUGCAGCACUUUCACUGACCUCGAGGCUAACCAGCUCUUCGACCCCAUGACAGGGAUGUUUCGCUGCACUUUCUGCCAGACGGAGGUGGAAGAGGACGAGUCGGCGAUGCCCAAGAAGGAUGCCAGGACCCUAGUUGCCCGCUUUAACGAGCAGAUUGAGCCCAUAUACGCGCUGCUCAGGGAGACCGAGGACAUCAAUUUGGCCUACGAGAUCCUGGAGCCCGAACCCACCGAGAUUCCUUCCCUCAGGCAAAACAAGGAAAGGGCAGCAGCAGCCGCAGCCGCAGCCUCGGGGCCCCACAGGGAAGCUUGGGCCAGCAAGGGCCCCUCCUACGAGGACCUGUACACACAGGAUGUGGUUAUCAGCAUGGAGGAGCAGGAAGACUUGCAGCGGGCGGCUGAGGGCAAAUCAGUGAAAGAGAGACCCAUCUGGCUGCGAGAGAGCACCGUGCAGGGGGCCUACAGCGAGAGCGGAGACCUGAAGGACGGUGGGUUAGGUACUGGUCCAUUCCAAGAGCCCGAGGAGAACCGACCAAUGGGUGACGAGAAUGAGGAAGUGAUGCAGGCCCUGCUGAUUCAUGAAAAGAAGAGCGCGGCGGCCGUCGGGGCUUCCCCGGCCCCUGCAUCCAACGCCUUGGGCGGCAGCGACUCCGACAGCGACACCAGCGAAUCGGACCAGGACAGCCCGGCCCCUCGGCAGCCCGUCGGCACCUUGUCUCACGCCUACGACGAGGAUGAUGAAGAUGAUGAGUUUGAGGAUGUAGCGAGUGAGCUGACAGUCACUGUGGGGGGGCGCCCGUACCCCUAUAGCGAGGUGAGCCAGCGCCCCGAGUUGGUGCCGCAGAUGACGCCGCAGGAGAAGAAGGUUUAUAUAGAGAUGGGACAGAAAAUGUUUAUGGACCUGUACGACUGAGUCGCUGUGCCCUGCCAGGAACUCAUACUCACCGCCGCCAUCUUGCUGCGCCACAGGCCCCGCCCCCAGUGCCAGUACCCUCCCAGGGGUCAUUUUAAUUGUACACCCCCCCCCCUUUUAUGUUGCUGGGGCCAUUGCCCCCACCCAACCCCAACUCACUGCCGAGCGCGUUAUUAAGGAGCAAUGUUUUUAUUAUUUAACAGAAAACAAAUAUUAGACUGAUUCUGCUCUGCAAGUGGGUUACUAGAGGGUUAAACCUGAGUGUGUCCUACUGCCUGGGCCUGGGGGGGCACCGCUGCCCAAUAGCCACGGGGGGGGGGGUACAAAGCCCAUUUAGUCUCCUACAAAUACACCCCAACUAUAAAUGAGAUUUUAUUUCUGUUUGUGCCGUGGUGCAUCCAACCCAUAGUAACGGGGCCCUGCGGAGUAACCUGCUAGUACCGGGGCCCUGGGGAGUAACCUGCUAGUAACGGGGCCCUGCGGAGUAACCUGCUAGUACCGGGGCCCUGGGGAGUAACCUGCUAGUACCGGGGCCCUGGGGAGUAACCUGCUAGUAACGGGGCCCUGCGGAGUAACCUGCUAGUACCGGGGCCCUGGGGAGUAACCUGCUAGUAACGGGGCCCUGCGGAGUAACCUGCUAGUAACGGGGCCCUGCGGAGUAACCUGUUAGUACCGGGGCCCUGGGGAGUAACCUGCUAGUAACGGGGCCCUGGGGAGUAACCUGCUAGUAACGGGGCCCUGGGGAGUAACCUGCUAGUAACGGGGCCCUGGGGAGUAACCCGUUAGUACCGGGGCCCCGGGGAGUGACCCGCUAGUACCGGGGCCCCGGGGAGUGACCCGCUAGUACCGGGGCCCCGGGGAGUGACCCGCUAGUACCGGGGCCCCGGGGAGUGACCCGCUAGUACCGGGGCCCCGGGGAGUGACCCGCUAGUACCGGGGCCCCGGGGAGUGACCCGCUAGUACCGGGGCCCCGGGGAGUGACCCGCUAGUACCGGGGCCCCGGGGAGUGACCCGCUAGUACCGGGGCCCCGGGGAGUGACCCGCUAGUGGAUUCAGUGGCUGAGAUGGGAGGAAUUCUGGGUAAUUGUAGGUCUGUGAAGUAGAGAGUUUUUCCUGCAGUAGAGCCGCUUGCUGAAAGGGUUAACCCGCAUUCCUCCAGCGGCGGGGGCGCAGAUUUAAAGGGCCACACACACCUUUCUUAACUUUCACCUUUUAUACUUUUUACUCGUUUUCUGUUUUACCAGCAAAAACUUUUAGAGAGAUUGUCGGGGGGUGCAGUUACCCCUAUUUUUAUCUUCAGUUUUGGAAAUUCUCUUAAUAAAGUUUCUUUUAUAUGAA